UGCGCUGAACAGCUGAUUUUUGUUUUGCUCCAUGAUGUCUCCCAAAGUACAAGUUUUACCGCUUAGUUACCUGUGUUUGAAGGUCGUAUCCAACCAGCUUAUAUACGCGCUGUCAGACGAGGAAGGAAAGUACUAUGAAGUUGUAGAAAAAUACUUCUUAGCUGCUACCUACGAGGUGCUACAAGACCUAUUGAAAAUCAUUUUAAAUUCUGUUAACUUAGAUGCUAGUAUCCGUUAUGCUUGCCUUGAAGUUUUGCUAAGAGAGGACGUUAAGAAGCUUGACACUGGUAUAUUCCCUCAGUUCUACUAUCGCAAGAUACUAGAAACCAUAGCGUAUAAAGGAAAAAGGUUACAACAAUUAAAUAUGAAAGGUGUUUGGGUGCGUGACUAUCCAGAACAGUUGUGCAAAAUGAUAAGACGUUUAAAGCAUCUGAAGACUUUAACGAUCCCUCACAUGGCAGAUGACAGUAUUAUUGAUGAAGUUUUGAACCUAAAAAAAUUAACAAUGUUGGAUAUUUGUGGAGAAGCUUGUUACACCGUAGGAGGUAUAAGAAAACUCAAGAGUGAUACCUUAAGAGUUCUUGACAUAGGCAAUUUUGGUAAGAUAGACCUUUGCCAAGAAGAAAUUAGUGGUUACGAACUAGUAGCUCAAAUAAUAGAACAAUUACCCAACUUAAUCUCCAUACGUACGUAUUCCUACACUGGCAGUGCUUUGUGGUUAAUCUACAACAAAAAUCCUAAAUACAGGAGUAAAUUGAUGUAUUUACACGACACGAGAACGACUUUGGAAACAAUGGAUAGUAUAAUAAAGUUGUGUCCGGACCUAGAAAGCAUUCACUUGGACACUCCUGAGAGUGGGGUAAUGGAAAAAUUAAGUCAACUUCGGAAACUGAAUAGUUUAAAACUAAUUAAACCCAGUUUGGACGAAGUGAUCAACUAUCUGAAAGUGUCAGGAACACAGCUACAAGUGUUAAAACUAAACCACAACAAAAAGUUUUCUUUAGAUUUGUCACAGAUCUGUCUGCUGGUCCCCAACCUACAAACUGUCGAGUGUUUUCAAAUGAAACUAACUUUCACCAACUUGAAUACCUACUCCAUGGCUUUACAAAAUGUGGAACUACUUUAUUGCGAUAUGUCUGACCAUGUUGUGAGAUACAUUCUAACCAACGCCCCUUUCUUAAAGAGGAUGGUUGUGGGUUGUGUGAUAAACAUGACGGACGGAGAUAUUUUUAGACUGUGUGCCGAGUGUAAUUUCCAAAACUUAGAAGAGUUGUGGUUUUCUUGUGCGAGGUGUCUCACAGCUACUUCUGUGGAACUACUGAUGGGACACUGUCCCAAUUUGAGGGUAAUAGGACAGUUGAAUGGCUGGGACAUGCAUCAAGACGAACUUGAUUAUUUGAGAGCUAUAAUAGCUGCUACUAAUACAGAUUUAACACUGUUACCGGUAGGAAAUUUCUUGUAAAUUGAUAUCUAGUUCAAUUAAUUGUUAGCGUUUAUAUAAAAACUAUGUGAUAUAUUUUUUAAAUAAAAUAGAUACAUUUUACAAAUUUUUAUAUUAUA